ACGGAAACCAAGGUAGCACCGGCAUUGGAACAUGCGAUCGCACUUGUGGAAACGAGCGCCGUGACCCCGGCGAACCUCGAUCCAGUAGACUUCACCGAGAGUGCUCCCUCGGAUGUCAAAGAUACGGAAACCAAGGUACCACCGGCAGAGGAACAUGCGGUCGCAUUUGUCGAAACGAGCGCCGUGACCCCGGCGACCCUCGAUCCAGGAGCCUUCACCGAGAGUGCUCCUUUGGAUGUCAAAGAUACGGAAACCAAGGUACCACCGGCGGAGGAACAUGCGGUGGAAACAGCGGAAACGAGCGCCAUGACGCCGGCGACCCUCGACCCAGAGCCCUCCACCAAGAAUGCUCCGCCCGAUAUCAAAAAUGAAUCUUUGACGGAGAUUAAAGUACAAUCGGCACAGGAACCUGCGUUUGGACAGACCUCGGAACCCUCCCACCACAAAGAGUCCAUCGAGACAGAGGUGAAGGAGGCACCACCCGCGCCGGAACCCGCGGUGAACAUCAUGCAACCCAGCCUCGAAAUGCCGUUGACCCUCGAUCAGACAAAGGCGACAUCGACAGCCGAACCUAAGAUCGAACAAAACAACUCCGUCUCGACGCCCGGAUGCCCCGACUCGCCCGAUGAACCAAAGGAAACCUCGGCCCCGGCCGCCGAAAUGGCCUCCGGAGGUCCGAAUGGAAACGAAAUCGAGGCAGCUCGGCUGCCACAGAAGAAGAACGGUACCUCCCCGAAGCGAGACGCGAAACCGAUUUACAGGGCGCCAGGCUGGAAGCCGCGCGACGGUACGAUGACCCGGCCGAUUACGGGAAACCCGAAGCUGCUGGGCAGGAAGGCUAGCCCCCCCAUCGCCAAACUUUCCGAGUCGAAUGAACAGGAGACAGGCCCAUUGAGUACCAAAGCCACAGACCCUCACGGAGACAGCACGACCGGAAAAAAACCCGAAAUCAUCAGAACCCCAAGCGGGCUGGAAAUCAUUAGGACCAGAAGCGCGAGCCCACGCGUCGAGGUGAGCCCGCUCGGCGAUCAAGCACUUCCGCCGGUGGUUACAAUCACAGGCUUCUUCGAAGGCCACGAUGGCCCUGCAAAGAAGCGCAAGAACAAAAACCGUAAUGGACGCGGCCGUGGCCGUGGGCAAGGAGGAGUCCGCGACCCCCCACCUGCGACGGCACCAGACAUCCCCAUCGCCUAGUUCUUCCGUACCGUGAUACUCUUUCAUCUUUGCGACACAAUUCAACUCAAACGACAAACGCAAGGCCAUAAGUGCUUAGCCGCCAUCGUCGUCAUUGCUCUCGGAUAUACAAACAAGCAAGAAUCAUGGGAAAAUGUGUGGAGAAAAUGUAUACCUCCGCCGUUAUAUGUAGCGUUAGUUUGGUAGGAAAUCUGCUAGUUCUCCCCCACCACUCACUAUAAACGCAGCGGCAUUUUGGAAAGUCGAUAAAUCUCCAUCUAUUUUGGAAA